AUGGCUUCUUCUUUUACCUAUCAUCAAUCAGCCUCCAAAAAAGAAUUUUCACAAAAAAAGACUCUCAGCCAAGCUUUAUCUUCUAUCCCAAAUUUCAAUGGAGACUAUCUAAAUGCAAGCUCUCAUCAAUUAGACGAAAUUACCACAAUCCCUCUGAAUUACACAAAAAUUACGAAAAUUAAUUUAUCACACAACAAUUUACAAACUUUAGACGGAAUUAACCAAUUCAAAAAUCUCACUCAUAUAUGGUCAAGUAUAAAAACCUACCCACACCCCAGUAACAAACUGCGUAGCCUUGAUAAUAAGAAAUAUAAGAGAUCUUGCAUUAUUUUUACUUUUAAAUUUAUUAAAACACAAUUUAUAGCAUUUUUAUACACAUAUUUAAUACUUUAUUUUAUAUCCCUACUAUAUAAAAAAAUUAUUUGGCGAGCCAAUUUCGCUCAUAUUUUUGUAUCAAAUUUAAAUAGAUAUAUAAUGUUUUAAUUGUAAUUAAGCUAUUCUAGCACAUUAUAUCUGUUGGAACGCAUUAAUUUAGUGAAAUCGAUGUUAUAUAUAUUAUGCGCCUAUUAUACAUAAUUAUGCUUGAAUUGAUUUAUUUGUGUUUAUCUAUUUAAAGCAUAAUUCAACUAAAUUCAUGCUUAAAAUGUGAUAAUUAAGAGCAAUCCAGCGAAUUUAUCUAUUAACUCUUUUAUUUAUUAGUCUAAACAUUUUUAUAUAGUAGGGAUAUGAAACAAAGUAUUAAAUAUAUGUGUAAACAUGCUCUAAAUCGCGUUUUAAUAGCAUAAAACGCAAAUAUUGAAAUAUCCAGUAUCUCUUAUAUUUCUUAUUAUCAAUACUAGUUAGUUUGGUAUUUGGGGUGUGGGUGGGUUUUAUGUUUGACAACAUAUAAAUGUUUCUCAUAAUUAUAUACAAAGCUUUACAGAAUUUCUUAAAAUAAAAAAUCCUGAUAACUUACUUGUUUUAAAUAUUCAAGAAAACCCUAUAUCUCUGCAUCCAAAUAUUUUGCCGCUACUCUUAAGUAUUUUUCCACAUCUAAUUGAGCUAAAUAAUAUAAAAAUUCAUGAUUUUAUUAAGCAAGAUAUAUUAGACUCAAUUUUAUUAUCGAAAACAUUACACAAGAUUUAUAAGUUUAACGUCCUUUACGGGGUUGCCCCAACCCAGAGCUUCCCGUUGCGGUUUCGUCAUACCGGACCACAGACUGCUGCCCAAUCUGCUUUGCUGCACCAAGGCGCCUCCACAUUGUUGCCGACUAAUAUGGCUUAUUAUCGAAAACACUUAUGAAAUACUUAUAUAGGAAUGAAAAAUUAAUUAUGAGUUUAGAUAUUGACAUAAAAAGAUUAAAAAUCAAAUAUGAGCUAUUUAAUGCCUUGAAAAAUAAAAUUAAUCCAAUUACUGGCCCAUAUUGGGAAGAUAUAAACGCAGCACAUAAUAAAGAGCUAAAAAAACUUGAAGGCUUCCCUAAACUUCCAAAAUAUAAUUACAACAAAAUUAUCAGACCAUAUAUGAUUAUAAAUUAUAUAGAAACUGCUAGUAAGGCAUUACAGAAAAAUGAUGAUAGCAAUUCUUUUGACCAGGAUGAAUUAUUUAGAAUCUAUAAAUGAUUGUUUUGCGAAAUCUUGAUUUUAAUGGAAAAUUCAGGAAAAAAUGAUUUGCAAACUUUUCUUGAAAAGAGUGCAAAAGAAACUAAUAUAAAUAUAGAUGAUCAAGAAAGGUUGUUUGAGACUGAACUACUACAAUUUUAUCAAUUAGGAGUUGUCCUAGAUAACGCUUAUACUAGCAAACUAAAUUUAAAUUCUGCUAGAAUUGAUGUUUAUCCUUUUCCUCCAGAAAAUUCAAUAAAUUUUCUAACUUCUUCCCUUUUAAUUAGCAAAAAAAUCUGCUCCAAUUUAAAUGAAGUUAUUUUUAAUUAAAAUUAUAAUUUAUUUUUCAUUAAAACAUAAAUAAUACAAAUAUUUUUGAUAUUUUUAAGAAGAACUCAACCAAUUUCGGGUUUCAAAAUAAACAAAAUUCUAUUUGCAUUCCCUCCAUAUAUUGGGUCAAAACUAUAUACAAAGAAAUUAGAAUUUCCACCUAUAAAAUUAUCAAUUGAGAACUUAGAUUUUGCCUCAAUUUAAAGGGGCGCUUAGUCAAAAAUGGAAAUUUUAUCAAAACUUUUUCCAAUUUAAAGGGGAGAGUAAAUAAUCCAUCAAGCAGAUAUUUAAAAGCUCAAAACUUGACAAGAUUUCCUAUUUUUGGCUGUAACCAAGAUUAUUUACGUAUAAUUUUGACUAUAAUUAAAAAUCAAAUUGAUACUAUAGAAAUUUUAUAUAACGAAAAAGAGCAACUUUUAAGGUUCGAUGCAAGCCAAUUAGGACUCCCGGGCUUUAGUGAUCCACGGAUAGCUGGCUAUUCUUUAAAAAAAGAUAGAAGCAAUAAAGAAAUCACAGAAGAAACCCGAUGCUCUCCUAUACAUUGUUUUGGAACCUCCCCAGAGCCUAUAUCUUUAAGGAUUCCUGUAUCGCCAACUCAAGGAAUUAAGAGUGUCGAUUUUGAUUUAGGAUCAGAUAAAGCUUUUUUGCAUGAAAUUGAAGAAGAAAUUAGCAGCUAUGAAAGAGAAUACUAUGGGGAAAGCCGAAAAAGUCCACAAGAAUUUACAUUUAAAACACAAAAACACCCAAAAGAUAUCAAAAAACUAUUUGAAUUUUAUCAAAAUAAAAUUAAUAGAAAAAAGAGUCAAAAAAUGAUGAGAAAUAUAUUAAAUGCCUGGAAAAGAUAUAGGAAAAUAAAUAGAAAAAAGCAAGAAAAUAUUGAAAAAGCAGAUUCAUUUUAUAAGGAUUUACAAAAAUCUAGAUAUUUAUUGUCUUGGCGAAAAAAUUGCAAAAUAAAUAAUCUUCAUAAAAGGUCACUACUAAAUAAAGCUUUUAAAGGUUUGCACGAGGCUUGCAUACUCAAUCCUAAGUAUCAUAAUUCUCUUGCAGAACGUCACUAUACCAAAAAACUCUUAAAAAAGCCUUUUAUUUCUCUUUUAUAUCAUACUCUAAAAAGAAAGGCUAAUAUGGAAAGAGCGGGAUCAUUUUAUUCUGGGAAGCUAAAGCUUAAUUCAUUUUUCAUGCUGAAAUCAUAUGCAAAGAAAAAGCGUAGACAAAGAAUAGACUCGUUGGCAUCUUCAAUUACUGAAAAUAAACCUUUAAUGGCACAUAUUAUAAAAGAUUGAGAAGAGAGCCAUUCAAGCAAGCGAAAAAAAGAUAAAGAAAAGGCAAAAGAAGAAAUAAAUAAGCUUUUGAAACGAAUUAAUAAAAGUGAAAAAAGUAUUGAAAAGUUAUGAAAUUUAAUGAAAACGACGAACAAAAAUUGCAGAUGUGGGGGCUUUAAGUGCGAAGUUUGUAUAAGUGAAAAAGCUCAAAAAAUAUCAGAGGAGUUAGAUUAUUUGCUCCAAAACAUAAAAACUCAGAAAAUUCGAGCAUUAAUGAAAUAUUGUUUUUGCCAUUAAAUUGCCACUAAAAGAUUUAGAUGACUCUUAACUACGCAAAUAUAGUUUAUUUUACUCUCCCUUUAUCAAUUUGUUGAUACAAGUUAUUGCCUUUUUCAAAUAGUAUUUUUUCUUAUUAUUUCACUUAUAAAUAGAAUAAUUUAUAGGCUAUUUUUCGAUUUUGCCAGCAUUAAACUUAAUCAAAGCUAUUUUCAGCAAAUUUUAAUUUUUAAAUAUAAAAAUGCUAUAUUUUAAAUGUUUAGUUGAGCCAAAAAAUUUAAAUUUUACCAGUUGGUUUAGAAUAA